GCAGCUUUGGAAAUGCAAAGCGUCCACGGAAGUUGUGCCUAUAUUCAUUCAGGGCCCUCUCCAUGCCGGGCCGCCCCUACCAAACUCUUCCCAGUUCCUUUCUUGGAGACUAUGACAGCAGCAUCCGCUAUGCCAGCACCAGGACCCCCAAGGGACCGUUCUCUGAAAGUUCAGGCUCUCCGGAACAAGAAGGCUUCUUCAAUCUGCUGACUCAUGUGCAGGGAGGACGUAUGGAUGAGCAACGCUGUAACGUUCAAAUUGUACAUAGCAAGAGUGGCUCAGAGCCCGAAAAGAAGGACAGCCCCAGCCCACCCCCUGAAAUGGAUAACUUUAUGGAAAUGCUGGCUCAUACACAGAGCCGACGAAUGGACGAUCAAAGGGUCAGCUUCAACUACCUUCCUGGUUUUCAGAGCAGUAACACCAGCAGCCUAUCAGGCUCCAGGGCCACCAAGAAAUGAGAUCCUCCCCAGCCCUGCUUGGGAAAGCAGCAGAGAGACACCAAUGUGAUGCCACCAAGCAUGCACUGUGCCUCUCACUCAAGAUCAUCUCCUCACUGCUGUAUCAGCCCUGCACAUUUACUGUACAUGCUCUGUGAUUCUAAUAAACAUG